UUCUUUUAUCAGUUGGAGCGAAGAGAUAAAAAAUGUGUUAUUGAGUGGUGUAUGGAGAAAGGUUUGAUUGCAAUAUCGUAUAAGUGCCCGAUUUGUGGAACAAAUAUGAAACUAGUAGAGCGAAAAAACCGUAUAGACGGUUUUGAGUGGAUGUGCAGAGUUACUGGAGGCGAAUGUAGGCAUCGAAUUUCAAGAUCAGUUCGAAAGAACUCCUGGUUUGCGAAGAGUAAAUUGAGCAUGUGUGAUGUUUUGCGAGUUACCUAUAUGUGGUUGGGUAAGUGCGGGAAUGAUUUUAUACGAACGGAAUUACGUAUUGCUAAAAAUACGGUGACAGAUUGGAAAAGUUUUUGUAGAGAAGUAUGCAUGGAGUUAUGUUUGAAGGAGAAUGUUAAGCUGGGUGGGGAAGGUGUCAUUGUCGAAAUCGACGAAAGCAAGUUUGGCAAGCAAAAGUAUCAUAGAGGUAAAAGAGUCGAAGGAAAAUGGGUUUUUGGUUUGGUUGAGAGAGGAACGGAUAAAUGCGUCUUUAGAGUUGUUGAAAACAGAGGUGCCGAAACAUUGCUAGAAAUCAUUAAAGAGAAUGUUCUACCAGGAUCGAUUAUUAUAUCCGAUUGUUGGAAAGCGUACGACUGUCUCGAGUUCGAAGGGUAUGCGCACCUGAAAGUCAAUCAUAGCUUGAGUUUUAAAGAUCCAGAAAUGUGGUGCGCAAUGCCGAGUUUGUGCAAUUCUGGGAU